UUUUUUUUUUCUUUGGCAUUGCAUUCAGAAGUAACACGCUGAUCCCAGACAUAUUACACUCUCUUAAGGUCUGCCAUGUCAGAUUACAUCCUCAGCCCACAAAUCGCCAGGGGUUUGUCCGACAAGCUCUAUGACAAACGCAAGAGUGCAGCUCUUGAGGUUGAGAAAAACAUCCAUGGAUAUAUCUACCACGACCAGAAGGACAAGAUAGCGAAGACGAUCUCGGCCCUUGUUGAGGACUUCGUGUAUUCGCUCUCACCCAACGCUCGCAAUGGAGGCUUGAUUGGAUUAGCUGCUGCUUCCAUCUCUCUUGGAAAUGGCGUGCCCUCGUAUCUUGACCGCAUUGUACCUCCAGUUAUCAUGUGUUUUGCCGAUCAGGAUUCAUGCGUUCGCUACUAUGCCUGUGAAAGUAUGUACAACAUUGCCAAGGUAGCAAGAGGCAGUAUCCUUCGGUAUUUUAAUGAGCUCUUUGAUGCCAUGAGCAAGCUUUAUGCAGAUCAAGAGUUAUCAGUCACUGGAGGUGCUGAAUUGCUUGAUCGUCUUGUCAAGGAUAUAGUGCAUGAACAGUCCGUUGUCUACUCUGGACCUAUCACUCAUAUUGACGAUCAGGAUCCACAGCAACUAGCAUUAUCUCUUCCUCGGGAAUCGCAGUUUUCACUUCCACGAUUUAUCCCUCUUCUUGCAGAACGUGUCUACAGCAAGAAUUCCCGGACCCGUAAUUACCUCGUCACCUGGAUUGAGGUAUUGGACUCAAUUCCCGACCUAGAGUUGGUUGCAUAUCUUCCCGAUUUUCUCGACGGACUACUCUACUUUUUGAGCGAUUCCAAUCCAGAUGUGAAGACUUUGACUCAAAAACUGUUAAACGACUUUUUAACUGAGAUUCGCGAGGUGGCGGAGCUUCAGCAACAACAGCAGCACGAACAAUUGCAAGCGCGUCUUAAGCAACUUCAAAUGCAAGAGGGUCAAAAGAGAUCGAGCUUUGAUGAUUUAUCUGUGUCUGGAGAUUUCGAUCUUUUGGAGAAUGAAUCUACAGGGCAUGGAAAGGGCAACUGGGUUCCUGGUCAAGGAGUUAAAGUUAACUAUGCAAAAAUUGUAAAAAUCUUGAAACCACAUUUGACAUCGACCGAUGAAGACAUUCAGGAGACCGCUUUGCGCUGGAUCAACGAAUUCAUGAGUCUAGCCAAGGAUGUCAUGAUUCAAUUUACACCAACUCUUAUACCUGCUGUUCUACCCUGUCUAGCUCAUUCGGUGGAUUCAAUUCGUGCAAUCGCCAAUGAAACUAAUUUGAGCUUGUAUACACUCGUGCUUGAGUCAGCGCUCCCACCGAAACCUCAACAUACAUCGUCGCCGUUAGACGUAAUAACUUCUGAGCGUCCACUCCAUCCUCCACGGUCACCGAGGAUUGAAGAUCGCUCGACUAUGUCCUUUGGAACAUCUGGGUCCCUUGCUUCAAAAAUCUCUGCCAACAGCGCUCCUAAAGAUCAAACAAAGGAUACCGUAGGUCGUGCCGCUUCACCUACUCCACAAAAGCCAGUGACCGAUCAGCUUGAGUUUGAUUAUGUGGCUACCGUACAUGCGUUGACACUUCAGUUCCUUAAUGAGCAUGAACAAACACGCAUUGCAAGUUUAGAAUGGUUGCUUAUGUUACACAAACGAGCUCCACACUUAAUCUUAGCAAUCGAUGAUGGCAGUUUCCCAGUACUGUUGAAGACCCUUUCUGACCCAUCUGAGGAGGUCAUCAAACGUGAUCUUCAGCUGUUAGCGCAAAUCUCUUCAUAUUCAGAUGACGCUUAUUUUUAUAACUUUAUGCUCAAUUUACUGUCAUUAUUCAGCACUGAAAACCAAUUGCUGGAGGUUCGAGGAAGCGUCAUUAUCCGACAACUUUGCGUGAGCUUAAACUCCGAGAAAAUAUAUAGGACUCUAGCUGAAAUUUUGGAAAAGGAUGAGGAUCUCGAGUUUGCAAACACAAUGGUCCAGAACUUGAAUAUAAUUCUUAUUACUGCCCCUGAACUGGCAGACCUGCGGAGGCGACUCAAAUCUACGGAUAGUCGAUCUAAUCCAAACUCAGAUGGACAAGCAUUGUUCACGGCAUUGUACAAGUCCUGGUGCCAUAAUCCUGUCUCCACCUUUUCUCUGUGCCUGAUGGCCCAAUAUUAUGAACACGCAGUCGAACUUCUUCAAACUUUCGCUGAAUUUGAGAUCACAGUAAAUCUUCUCAUUCAAAUUGAUAAGCUGGUACAACUAUUAGAGUCACCUGUCUUUACAUAUCUUCGACUCCAGCUUUUAGAGCCGGAACGAUACCCUCAUCUGUUCAAGUGCCUAUACGGGCUUUUAAUGCUUCUUCCACAGAGUACAGCCUUCGUCACGCUUAGAAACAGAUUGACGAGUGUUAGUUCGAUGGGAUUUAUUCACUUGGUUCCAAAGAUACCCAACAAGGGUAGUGCUCAAAGCAGCGCUCAGGGCAGCUCCCAGUCCUCAAGCACUGUCCCCGGGACUAUGGGGGCAGCAAGGGCAAAGGCGGGUGCCUUGGUAACGACUAGUGCAUAUGGAGGCAACAGUGCUAGCUAUCACACUGAAGGACCCAAAUUUGCAGAGCUGCUUACUCAAUUCAAGACAGUCCAGAUCCGCCAUGAGCGCUCACGUCGUCAAGCACUCCAAGCACAACUGCGCAUGAACACAUAUGGUAACAGCGGUUCUGGACUAGCUGGCACAGCUCACUAUAACCAACAACACUUAUAUUAUCAGAAACAUCAACAAAAACAUCAAAGAAAGCAUCAGCAGCAACUAGAGCACCUACAGCUCCAGCAACAGGUUCAGCACCAACAGCAGUUGUAUGGCCUUGCUCACCAACAGCAAUCUGGAGCUUCUGAAGGAUUCAAUUCAUCAUCCUCAUCGCGGUCUCACUACCAAGAUGGAGCUUACCAUAAGGACCAUAGUCAUCAGGCCGAAUCUUCUAAUGAUCAGGAUUAUGAACGUCAAGGCAGUAAUAAUGCAUCUGUACCUCGUCGGAAAACUCGUGACCGCCACAGCCAGUUUGAUAUUAUGCAGCAACAGCAACAGCAACAGCAACAACAACAGAGUCAGCAAAGCACAACUCCACUCAAUCAACGCACUUCAUUUACCAAGAGCAGUCAAGGCAAUGCUAACUCUCGAUCACAUGCAUCGAAUUCAGCCAGUACACCCCCACCAACGAAUCACUCUAUGACAGUAGCCUCCUCGUCUGCUGGGGGUGGUGUUGGUGGAUCAAGUCUAGGCACGAUCUCUCCAUCGGCAUCACCAGCUACUGGAAGUGGAAGUGGAUAGUGUUAUAAAUAUGUAAACUUUGGUCAAAAUAAAAGGGACUGCUUACGGAGCGAUUGUAGUAG